AUUAAAUAUGAAAUUAACAAUUGUUUUGUUAUGUGCUUUAGUGGCAUUGACUGCUGCCGCUCCUCAACACCACUUUGCUGUGCUUGUUGCUGGUUCAAAUGAGUACUGGAACUACAGACACCAAGCGGAUGUUUGCCAUGCUUAUCAACUUGCUGUUAAAUCUGGUAUCCCUCAAGAAAAUAUCAUUGUAAUGGCUUAUGACGAUAUUGCUAAUAAUCACCUUAACCCUCUCCCAGGUAAAAUCUUUAACAAGAAAGAUGGUGUUGAUGUCUAUGAAGGUUGCAACAUCGACUACAGUGGAGCUGAUGUCACUCCAGAGAAGUUCUUGCAAGUCCUCCAAGGUAAAGCUGACGGAAGAAACAUCAAGACAGAUGAGAAUAGUAAAAUCUUUGUAUUCUUCUCUGAUCAUGGAGCCCCAGGGUUAAUUGCCUUCCCAAGUGAAGAGUUGUAUGCUGAUGACUUGCACAAAACAAUCAAGGAGAUGCAUGAUGCUAAAUCUUACAACCAGAUGCUUGUUUACAUUGAAGCUUGCGAGUCAGGAUCUAUGUUCGACGGAAUUCUUGAAGACAACCUCGAUGUCUUUGCUACAACUGCUGCUAACCCAACUGAAUCAUCAUGGGGAUACUAUUGCCACCCAGAUGACACUGUCAACGGAGUGAAGAUUGGCUCUUGCCUUGGUGAUGAGUUUGCUAUCACUUGGAUGGAAGACACUGAGAGAGCUUUGGACGAACAAGUAACAUGCGAUUAUCUCAUUAAUGACCAAGUCGGCUAUGUUACUUCUACUGUUAAAGGUAGCCAUGUUAUGCAAUAUGGAGAUGUCGGAAUUAAGAAGCAAGCAAUUGGAAACUUCCAAGGAAUCUGCUAUAAGCCAUCAGCAAUUGAAACUUUAAUGAAACCAGCCAAUAAGAGACACUCUCAUGGAGACAGAAAAGAAUAUGCUAAAGUAGAUUCUAGACUGGUCAAGCUUGAUUUCUUGUAUAACAGAUACAUGACAACUCAAAGUGCUGAAGAUGCUCGUAAACUUCAAGAAGAACUUGAUAAAAGAAUUGAGAUUGAAGAGAGAUUUAACAUCAUCAGAGCUAGAACUAAUGCUAGAUUUGAAGAACACCCAAAAAUUGAGAAGCCAUCCUGCUACAAGCAAAUGGUUCAGACCUAUAAAUCCAAAUGUGGAAUGGAUGAAUACGAUCUUGAGUUCCUCAACCACUUCGUUAACAUGUGUAACUCUGGAGUAGAUGUUGAGCAUCUCUCAAACUUGGUGACUGAACAUUGCUAAUCUAAUC